CGCGACUCGCGUGAUUGUGUACGUAAAGUGCAUAAUCUUUUCUCCGCGAUUCCGAAAAGAAGUUGUGAUCGAACUUUCGACCCUUUCGACCGUCAAGGGUUGAGUGAAUUUAAUAAUAUUCUUGUGUGUGGAAGCUGCUGGAAGCAGCCUUUCCGAUCUUUAUCAGCACAAGCAGUGGCAGCACCAUGUGUAUUGGUUUGUAGCCGUUAUCAGUUGCUGUAGUGAUUAAUGCGGAGAACGUUCUCUCCGAGGUCCAGAGUGUUGGUACGUUGUAUUUGUCAGCAGCGUGUACCAUCCGUAACCUGUUAUCAUCGUCCGACGAACGAACGAGCAAAAGGAUCUUUCUCCUUCCGGCUGCGCUGUCCCUCAUGGCCUCAUCAGUAGUGCCUGGACUAAGAACGAAGACAGUAAUCUCUUCCGUGUUGUAUGUUGUCGGUCGAAUCAGUAGGUAGUGUCCGCUGUGUAAGUGUGCUAAUUCCGAAAAUAUUCGAUCGCCGUGCUCAGAAGAACGAUCGUUAUCUAGAAGAAGUAGGAGUGGGGGAGUAGUUACAGAGUGAUAUAACGUCAUCAUCGGAUCGGAUCGGAACGUUGACGGGCAAAAUCGAGCCCAUUUUCUUGCGGCUAAGUAGCUCACAGUUACCGUGUUUGUUUUUGUCCAACGUCCACGAUUGGAUAAAUACACAGGGUUUCAAGGUUACACCAAGUACGAUAAUCCAAACUGGACACAGGAAUGCACUAAAAAUAGCGACAAACAAGUGUGUCCAUUUGAGCAGUGAAAAAUUACCGAUCGGUAAGAGUGAAGCAAAAAUCGCUGAUUUCUAUGCGGAGCAAAACGCAGAACAGCGAACAAGGAGAGGAGAAAGAGAUUUUUUUUUUAUUAUUAAUUUGCGAUCAGUGCGAGAUCAGCUGUGUUUGCGUGUGCAAGUGUUGGCCUACCGUUUGUGAGUGUUCUGGAAGAAACGCGGAUUAACGUGGUGGAGUCGGCUAGUGGUGGUAACUAUGGCCAACAGGUCCUCGUUCGGAUACAUCACCUUUAUUUUGACCUGCAUGUGCAGUCGUUAAACUUUUGGCGUGUUUGUGCCCUCUUUGGGUAGCCCAGUGUUCCGGGUGUUGUUCGGUGGAAGGAAAGGUAGCAGGUUAAUUAAUCGUUCAUUCCUAGUUAGUGCCUAUCAGUACAAAACCCGAUAGAGCAAACUCGCGGGACGAGCGGCUGCAAGUGUGCGUCUCCGAGUUGAAGAAAUUCCGGAAAGAACCAUAAAGGGAAGCAAAGCUCAGACUCUUUGGAUGAAAGUCUUCCCCAGUGAUAUGGAUGUGUGAUAAUAGCGUUUAAUAGUGUUCGCCAGCGAGCAACAAACGACCACGACCACCACCAGUCAGUCAGUUGGCAGUGCGCGGCGGAGUGUUGUGCUCUUCUUCUCCCGUAAAGUUCGCUGUUCACUUCUACUCGGUGGACGCGUGUUCAACAGUGGUGUGUGAUUGUGUGUCCAUCGUGUUUACAAAUAUCGCGUUGAAGCACUGCAACGGCAGCGGCGCGCUAGCAUAUGUGUGAUUUGUUAUUUAUAAGCAAUUGGUGAGUGAUUUUUUUUGCGCAAAGUGCAACAAGUUGUGUUAUUGUUACUGUUAUUGCUAUUGUUGUUGAACCCGCGCGGAGAAGUGGACGCCCGUUUUGCGUUCCCAGUUAUGACUCCGGGCCGUUCGACCAGAAUGGAACGGAGCGGUAUUGGCGCCGGCGUUAGUGGCGCCAGUGGUGGUGAAGAGCGUAAGACAACCGGGGAAACCAUCCACUCCGGUCAAUUUAUGGUUUCUCACUUCGAAACCGAAGGUCAAGAGGACGAGGAUGAUGACGAUUUGGGGAUGCAAGUGGUGGUCGAAGAUGUCAAGCCGGCCAUCGUCGAUACGGUCAUUUCGAACAUUAUCUCCAAGCGUAAUCCGGAGCUGUCCAUGCAAUCGACCGACAUGAUUGCUAGCAGUUCCAAUGCCAUCGUACCACUGCGGAGUAGCUCGGCUGGGUUGGAGCUGAUCAUGUAUGCACAAAAACGGCAACCGUUGCAACUGACCAGCCGGUACACCUCAUCCCAGGUUGAGAUCGAUACGGACCUGUCGACGGUGUUCAACACGCUCAACGUCACCUACACACAAAAGCUAACGUCACCAAAAUGGAACCCAUUCAAAGGCAUCCGACUUCGGUGGAAAGAAAAAAUUCGCCUGAACAAUGUUAUCUGGAGAUGUUGGCAUAUGCAAUUUAUUAUGAAACGGAAAACUCUAGUCUGCCAGUUUGCAUCUCCAUUAGACGUAGACGUACACAACACGCCUCAGGCAAUUUUACUCGAAGGAAAAUAUUGGAAGCGAAAGUGCAACGUUAUAAAGGCUGAGUACAAAAAAUGGCGUCGGUUCUACGUGAACAAAGCGCUCGGUGCUAAUAACAUUGUAGAUACGACUAGCGAGCUAGACUUUUUCGAAUGGUCACCCCACAGCAGUGAACCACUGUUUAUGAUUGCCGAUAGUAUGUCUACUGAUACCCUACUUUCCACACUGUCAAAGUAUCCGUUUCCAGAUUCUAGAGAAAUAGCGCGUGGAGCGGGUAGAUCGGAUUUCAUUCAGCCAAGCCUCGGACCGCUGCAGCCUAACUUUGAGGAUUUAAUGGACCUGGAUUUGGACUUCCUAAAUUUUCCACGGUUGGCACCUGUACCUGAAGAAGGAUCCGAGGAUAUCCUGAAAGCGAUCGACUAUAACUACCCCGGAGGUUUCAAUCAAAUGAAUAGUGGUAGCAACAUUCAAGAGAUUAACGAUUCAACCGAAAGCACCACUCAGCAAACUUCGUCGCAGCUGAUAUCCGCUAGGACGGGUAAUAGCAGUAAUUCUGUGAUCACUGGCCCUGGGACUUCCUUAAGCAUCAACCAACAGCAGCAGCAGCAGCAGCAGCAGUCAUCUUUAGCACCAAGCACAAUUCAAUACUCUGCAAAGAUUUUUGCUCAAAGUCUCGCCGACACAUCAUCCGCUUCAUCAUCAGCGACAGUUACAUCCGCUCAACAACAGCAACAGCAAUUGAGUAACGUGAUAGGGUCGUACCUAUCUGCACAGCUCGGACAGCAGCCAGCAAUUGUAACUGCAAACGUUCCUAUAGCAUCUGAUAAUAGUGAAAAUACAGCAUCCAGUGACGAGGUCAACAAAGACAGUAAACCAAGGUUUUCCCGUUCCUUCCCCAGAAUAUUAGGACGUGAGCCUCACAAUUACGAUAAAUGCCCACCGACAACACAUCAAACAAUGGCGUAUAAUCUUGUCUCACAGCCGCACUUGAAUCAAAAUAUUCUCAACAAUUCCUACCAGUCUUCUGCCUAUCAUAUCCAACCAAGCGGAAUCAUCCAAAUGUCCGGAACGCCUCCCAACCAGAAUUUAUUGAACUACAACUUACAACCGCAAACCACGAGCUCCACUGGAAACCCAAUGAAUCUAACCAACAGUGCCGUUUCGGGGGGCAGCAAUCCGAACCUGCUAAUGCAGAGUAUGAGCUCGAAGCUCCUCACACAUAGCCAGUCACUUCCGGUACACAACCAAGGGACUAAUCAGAAACCUCAACCACGCUCAAUUUCGAUGCCAACAGCACAAAACUAUCCUCCGAUGAUGCAAUCACAAAACUCCCCACAGGGAGCCCUUCUUCAACAGCACCAUCAGGAUGCAUUCAAGGGAUCCUUUCAUACUCAAACCUCAAGCUACAAAUCCUACCACAGUCAUCAACCGCAACCAUACAAAAUUCCCUCACAGAAUACAUUACCGUAUGGAAAUACAGGCCGUAGUAUGCGACAUUCGUCUCCUCCCCAUGGCCAUCAACAGCAAAAUGUAGGUUCGAAUCAGCAACCUUCCAUAGAGCAAUCCCAACAGCAGUUACAAGAUCUCCAGCUGCAGCAGCAACAUCAAUCUUCAUCUCAAUCGCAACAUAAACGACUACCACCACACCCAACCAAAGAAAUGUUCCGCUCAAACAGUCUACCUAUCAAUGCUACCUUCCCGCUGCCACCGAAGGAGGUUGAAAACUUUGCUGUUCCUCGGUACCAAGCCAAACCAAAUCCAAAGUUAAGAACUCGUAGUAACUCAAUGGUCAUGAAGCAGCUUGGAAAUAGUAGCAGUUUGGCGGUAGCUAUAGGUGGAGCAAGCAUGAAUCCUGGGCUUCAUGCAGCUUCUAGUGAACCAGUGUUGAACAUGGGAAAUAGCGCGCUGUUGGCGCAGUUACUAACUACUAACAAUACGAGUACCUUAUUUAACGUUAAGCAACAGACUACAACGUCCAGUGCCAUAAGUAACUUACAAACGUCCCAGCAACAAUCUCACCAACAAAUUGCUCAACAGCAACAGCAGCAGCAGCAACAUUCGCACUACCAACAACCCCCGCUAGGUAGUCCAAUAUCACCAACUUCCUCUCAGUUGCAGCUGAACCAAUCUCAACCGAACGCUCAGCUGCAACAACCCCGGAGUAACACACCAGCUCAAAGUUCCGUGCUAUCGUUCGCCUCAUCUGCUUCCUACAGUGGUAUUUCCAUACCGCUACAGAGUCUAUCUCCCGAUUCAAUGCUUGACAGUGACACACCUAUGUCGCCCGUUGGCAAUGCUUCCGGCCUAGGCGAAUCCAGUGGCGGCGGAUGCGGUUCAAGUUCUGGCGGAGUUGGCAAUAAAUUCCACCAGCAACAACAAGGUCGAUCCGACAGCCAGCGACGGACGGGACACAUUCAUGCCGAACAGAAACGGCGCUACAACAUCAAGAACGGCUUCGACAUGCUGCAUUCGCUCAUUCCUCAGCUGCAACAGAAUCCAAACGCCAAGCUGAGCAAGGCCGCAAUGCUGCAGAAGGGUGCAGAGUACAUCAAACAGUUGCGCUCGGAACGGUCCGCCACCAACGAGAAGAUGGAUGCCCUCCGUCGGGAGAUUGAUGCGCUGAAUAAUUCGUUGAGCAAUCUACAAACGGCGCUACCGGCAAGCGGUGCACCAGUAUCUCGCCAACGGACGGGUCGCGUCAAGGAGUUGUAUCAACAAUACGUCCGACAGCGAACACUUGAUAACUGGAAGUUCUGGAUCUUUGGUUUAAUUUUCGAACCACUGAUGACCUCCUUCAACCAAACCGUGUCCGUUGCCAGCCUGGAUGAAAUGUGUCGAUCCUGUGGACUGUGGGUCGACCAGCACUGCUCACUCGUGGAACUCAGGCCAGCGGUCUCCAAUAAACUACGCCAACUAUCGACGACAACUGAUAUCCUGUCUGAUCCGCCCACAUCACUACAGGAAGAGGUGAUGAAGGCCAUUUCCACGUCGUUACCGUUACCCAGUUCAAGUAGCGGACCUACUGCAAGUUGUAGUAGUCAUGGUGGCAGCAGUGCCAACAGUCCCAACCCAACUUCCAGUGGAUUUUAGUAAGUCUGAAUAUUCUUUAUUUUUACAAAAUUAGCAAAGCAUUCUAUCGAUCGAAAUAACAGACAAGAGAGAGUGAGAGAGGUUGAGAUUAUAAAAGCGAAUACCAGAGCUCACAGAGUGGAAGGGAUCAUUGAGUGCCUUGGGAGAAUAAAUUCUUCAUUGUAGACAACUGUUUAAAACCCCCACAGGAAGCGUUUUAAGUGACCGGUUGUUGUUACCUGAGAUUAAAUGUGACCAUAAUUUACCACUAUAUGCACUGCGCCACCAGCUAGCAGUUCUAUUGACUACUCGUUUCCAUCUAAGAGUGCAGAUGCAGGAUUUUGCUUGCUUUUCCACAGAUAGCAUUUGCUUUGGAUGUCCGAAAUAAGUUCAAUCCGUCGAAUAUCUUCGCCUGAGGCAAGUUUUUUGUUGUAGGUGCCUUACUGUUGCUUCACUUUAACUUUUACUAUAGAUUUGCGUUUUAGAGAAUUAAAUUCUAAAUUUUAGU